GUGGCGUCUCGCGUAAUGGCGAGCGUGCAAUGUAAUUUGCUGUUUUGCGUGUGGUAUUUUUGCUUGCUUUUUGCAUUUGCAAUUUUAUUUUCAUUUUGUUUUGUAAAAAAUAUGAAGUAUUAUUUUCCAUGUAAUUCAUGAAAUAUGGUAUUAAUAACUGUUUACCAUAUAGCCUGUUUUGUGUUAUCAUCGAAUCUAUUUCGAAUGUAAACAGAGAUCUCCAUGUACAGGGAUAUCCUUAAGUUUUUAUUCUAGGUUGGUAGUUAUUUAUUUCAAAUGGAUCCUGUUCACGAAAUGAGUAAACUAUCGAUAAAUGGUACAAUGGACCAUAAACGAGAAGACUACAUCUCUUGGGCAGACUACUUCAUGGGAUUAGCAUUACUCGCUGCCAAACGUAGCAAAGAUCCCAAGACACAAGUUGGUGCAUGCAUAGUUAGUGAAGACAAGAAAAUUGUUGGUAUGGGGUAUAAUGGUAUGCCUACAGGAUGCCACGAUGAUGACUUUCCAUGGGGGAAAAACAAAGAUGAUAUGCUAGAAGAUAAAUCUAUGUAUGUAUGCCAUGCAGAAAUGAAUGCAAUAGUUAACAAAAAUGCUGCAGAUUUGAAGAACUGUACAAUAUACACUAGUCUUUUCCCAUGCAACGAAUGUGCGAAGAUCAUCGUCCAAUCAGGGAUCAAGACGGUCGUGUACAUGUUUGAUAAAGAUGAUGCCAAAUACGAAGCUUCCAAAAUAAUGUUCCGUGCUACUAAUAUAGAAUAUAGGCGCCACACGCCGGAGGUAAGCAAGAUUGUUAUAGAAUUCCCUACACAUAAGCAAAUUGAAAGCCCAUAAAAGUUUAUACUUAAAUAUAAUUAUGAAAUGAAUAUAUGUACUAUUUUUUAGUGCUAGUAAUUUUUUUUAGUUAUGCCGAUCUGAUCCACAAAACAGAUCCACUGCCAAAUAUUAUUAUUUUUCAAUACCGUCUUAUCCAUUGCAAUAAACUUUACCAUUCCGAUUCGAUCCUAGGCAAACAUUAUGUGACCAAGAGACUGAAUUUUUUUUCAAUAGGAAUAAAAAAUCUUGUGGGUCAGACUGGAAUACUCAAUUUUUUAACUCAAAACUUUUUAUAGAUAAAUUAUUAGAUAGAUUUUUAUCGUGUGGAAUAAAUUAAUUUGAUUGAAUUUUUACAUGUCGACUAUUCGUGAGAAAUCCACAUAAUAAUUUAAAUGGGCGACUUUCCUCUGUGCGUCUAUAGUUUCGAUUCAUUUAGACCAACAUCGACAACUAAAAUAUAUUAAUUAUUAUGUCGAAUAUUGUGAAGUUUAAAUCUUGUCAUGGUUAUUCUUAUUAGUUUUGUAUUAACUGUUUAGUGAUCAUUAACUGUUUAAUGGUCAUUGUGAUAUUAUAAUUUAUAUGUAGUAAUAAGUAAUACAUGUAGUGUGGUAUUCUGUUUUUUUAAUAAGUUUUACGUAUAAAUUUCAAGAAAUAAUGUGAAUGUAUUUUUGUGGGAAUAAUAAAAUGAAUUUUCAUAAUAAUAGUUCUAAUAAAAUGUUUAGCUAUAAAAAUAAUAGAAUUUAAUGGUUCCAAUUAUAAACAUUAAAAUCAUCAUUUUUGAAAAAUCAACAAAUAAUUUUAUAAAUUACUCAUCAAAAAAAAUUAAAUCCUCCUUCCUUACACUUCCUCAUGGCUGAGGGUCGUCUUUGCGUAUUCCCUGUUACACUCGGGCGUCGUGACGCCUGGGUAAAAAAUCAACCAUUAACUUUUGAAGAUUUGGCUAUGCUUUUAAAAUCGGCUGCCUGCCUGAAGUCAUCCCCAUUUUGGGAUGCUAUUGUUGCCUAUCGGCUGUUAAGGCAUGUGUUCCUCAGUCGUCUCGUAAGACAUCCACCGGAGUAUAAGGAGCAAUAGCAUUCCAAAGAGGGUUGACGUCAGGCAGACGGCCGGUUGUGAAAUUACAACUGAAUCUUUAUGCUAACUCCGAACUUCGCGGCUUCAUAACCCCGAACGAAACGGGUAAUAUGCAGAGCUGAGUGAGCAGUAUAGGGUGAGAAAUUAAUAAAAUAAUUUAUGAAAAACAAAUUCAAAUCAAUUAUUUAUUUCAGUAAACUUAUCUAAGUUACAGUGGAGUCAGUUAUUGUUUAUAAUUCUGUUAUUUUUAUAACGAAAUACUAAGCUGCAUUUUUUAAAAUUCUUACAUAAUAAGUGAACUCAUAAGUAUAUCAAUAUUUUAGGCAUUUUUUUUGUAUUUUUUACAUUUACCCUUGAUUUAUAAAUGACAUAACUUUAUUUAAGUUGAGAAACAAGUUACCAAUAAAGAAAUACAUGCGUAUGACUAUUUGAAA